AUGGCAUUAGAACGCGACUUUGCUGAGGCCGACUUGAACUUACUAAACAUUUGUGAAUUGGACGUAGCGAAUAUCACUAAUGCCAAUGUUAACGAAAAGAAAGAUACCAAAGCAAACCAAAUUAAUGAAGGCACCGCGAUUCGGAAUAUGAUUGAUACUGUUCACGAUGUCUACGAUAUCGUCGAUAACAGAGUCAACAGCUGUGUAUACAACACUCAUUUAGACAAGUCAGAAAGUCAAGUAGAAGAAUUGAUUCAGUCAAUUGAACAUAACAUGAGUAAUGUAAACAUCAAAAACGAAGAAGCAGCGUCAGAACCAACAACUGCUGCGGAAGAUAUAAAAUUAUGUGUAAACGAAACGUUACCGAAAGAUGAGGAAAGUAAAAUAGAAACUGAAGCAAGUGCCUCGUUAUUAUUAAGACUUGGCGGAUUGGCAUCAAAUAAAGCCGGUCUGGAACAGGUUGAUAAAAGCAAAGUCAAUAGGGUUAUUUACGAGGCUUCAAAGAACUCGGCCUACUUCAAGAAUGAAGAGAAAAGGGACACUGAACUUACUGAAAAGGUCAACAAGUUGAAGCAGCAUUAUGUCGAAUUAUUACAGCAAGACUUGUCAUAUGACAGAGCCUACGUUAACACACUGGUUGAAGCUUUAGAACAAAAAAGGGACUUGUCACAUUACAUAGUUCUUAUUGAUAUGGAUGCAUUUUAUGCUUCUGUUGAAGAACGUGAUAAUCCCUCAGUUAAAGGAAAACCAAUGGCAGUCGGUAGUACACAAAUGCUAACAACUGCCAAUUAUGAAGCUCGAAAGUAUGGUGUCCGCAGUGCAAUGCCUGCUAUAUUUUCAAAAUAUGAUCCAAACUUUAUAGCAAUGAGUUUGGAUGAGGCAUUCCUUGACAUUACUGACCAUUGUCAUGAGAAUGACAUGUCUCCCGAAGAUGUGGUGCAAGAACUGCGUGCUGAGAUUUUAAAGGUUACAAAGCUAACAGCAAGUGCUGGAAUUGCUCCAAAUAGGAUGUUGGCAAAGGUAUGUGCUGACAUUAACAAACCAAACGGACAGUAUAGGUUGCCAAAUGAUCGCCAAGCAAUAAUCGAAUUUCUAAAAGACUUGCCUAUUCGCAAGAUUUCUGGAAUCGGACGCGUCACCGAACGCAUAUUGAAUGCAGUAAAUGUUAAAACUUGUAAAGACAUUUACGAAAAAUUGACCUAUCUGUACAAGUUGUGCUAUCCGUGCACUUUUGCUUUCCUUAUACGAGUAGCUUUGGGAAUCGGUAAUGAAAACAAUCAUGUGGAAUGGACACGUAAGAGUUUAAGUGUAUCGCGGACCUUCCCAUCAAUCCGAAGGCCAGCUGACAUUCGUUCAAAACUCCAAGAACUAGCUGGAUUGUUAGCCGAUGAUCUUGCAAAAGAUAAUUUAGAGGGCAAAGUCGUUACCGUAACGUUUAAAUUAGUUACCUUUAAAACGUUCACUCGCGCAAAGACAUUGCAGAAAUACGUCUAUUCAAAAAAGGAGAUAUAUAACUGCGCGUUGCCAAUAUUAGAAGCGGAAUUACCUCUACACGUGCGCUUACUUGGCAUCCGACUGGGAAAUCUAAGAUCCCGUAAUGAAGCUUCUACAAUAGGAGUAAAGAGGUUUCUUAUAUCAACUGAUGAACCAUAUGAAAACAAAAAAAUUAAAUCCGAAGACAACUCUCCAACAAAUAAUAACGUAAAAGAAAGUAACGACAAUACCGAAUACGACUCCAACUCGUUAGGAGAGAUGACUAAUUACCAGGUCCUUUCUUUACAUAAGUUGAGCGAUAACUUUUCGAUCGAGGAAAUGAGUAGAGCGGAUAUUGAGAACGGCCUUAGAGAAGAACUACCAAUGAACGAGGAUAAGCAAAGUCUGUUGUCACCGACUAAACAUUCGCUAGCACUACAACAGCAACCGUCAACUCCUGCGAAAUCAGAACAUUCAGACGAAAUUGCGUUCGACAUAGGCAUCCAAUCAGAUUCUUUACCGACCAAUUCCGAACUUUUUUUCCAGCUAUUACCAACAACCGGUGUGCAUAAUAAUAAUAUUCCUGAAUGGCAAUGUCCCGUCUGCAAUAGAUCCUUCGCAAAAGUGACUGAGUUACGGGCUAACACGCACGUAGAUUCCUGCCUUAAUGGUAGGAAGUUAUCGCGUACUUGUGCAAGAAAAGUCAGGGGUAGAAGUUCAAAUCGACAGGCAAACAGCAAAGCAACUUUAUUAACAUAUUUUAAUAAGAAUACGCUGCUAGCCCUGAACGCAGCCUUAGUCGUUGGAAGCUACUACGAUAAAUCUCAACAAUUUUUCCAUACGUCCAGAGACGACCAUCUUGUUGGUAAUUUACCAUAUGCAGAAGGGGAACAGCCAAUAGAGAAGAGCUAUGCCGGAUAUAUCGACGUCAGAGAUUUUAGUGCAUGUGCGGAGGGAAAGAAAGCGAGUUUAUUUUAUUGGCUAUUUCCUGCCCAAGAGCCAAAACAGGAAAACCCACCUUUAAUCGUCUGGCUACAAGGUGGUCCGGGAAUGACGUCGAUGCUUGCAUUGUUUGAUGAGAAUGGCCCCUUGACUAGAACGCCUGAUUUCAAGAUCAAGCGCAGCAAUAUAACAUGGAAUAAACAUUAUUCGAUGGUCUUCAUUGAUCAACCAGUUGGCACGGGAUACUCUUUCGUUGACCCAUUAACAGAUGAAGAAUUGAAAAAUCCCAAAUGCAACGAAGACUUGACAGAUGAAGACUUGACAGACGAAGACUUGACAGACGAAGACUUGACAGACGAAGACUUGACAUACGAAGGUAUCUUUUGUCAUCAUCCAAGGAGGCCAAAGUGUCCCCGAAGACCAAGGCGCCCGAAAGACCGUCCAACCGGAGAUGAGAAGUCAGGAUACUUUAAUGGCUAUGUAUCGAAUGAAAAGGGAGUUGCAAAGGAUCUCAUGGCAUUUUUUGAUGGGUUUUAUAAAAGAUAUCCCGAGUUGAAAAAAUCAGAUCUGUAUAUAACAGGGUCAACUCUAUAUUCAGGCGAAAGUUACGCGGGAAAGUACGUUCCCUCAAUAUCGUAUGCUAUCCAUGUACAUAACAUUCGCGCAAGGAAAGAGUGUCGACUGGAUGAUGUGAUCCCUCUCGUAGGAUUAUCUGUUGCCAGUGGUUUUACAGAUCCAGCAAGUCAAGUAAAAGAGCAUGCGGAAAGCGCCUUUCAAUAUGGUCUGAUAACCCGCGCGGAUGCAGCCAGGUUCCGCCGCUAUGCAAAAAUAGUUAACAACAAACUCGCAAAAUGUGACUACCUUGGCGCGUUAGAUACGCGUAUGCAGCUCAUCGAUGAGUUUAUUAACAUUACUGGGGGAAUUAAUUAUUAUGACGUCCGUUUAAAUGUCAUGUACGAUUUAUCAGGAGUGAAAAAGUUUAUGAACACAACUGAGAUGAGGCAAGCACUAAAUAUUGGAGAAAGAUAUUUCGUAGAUACGGGCAUUGUCGUGAUGACGUUACUGGGUGAUAUUAUGAGAUCGACAAAAAAUUUGUUUCCUACUUUGAUAGAGAAUUAUAAAGUGUUGCUCUAUCAAGGAAAUAUGGACUUUAGAGAUGGUGCCGCUGGGAAUACUGACUGGUUGUAUUCGCUCAGGUGGCAUGGAUCACGUGUCUUUAAGACAAAGAGAAAGAUAUGGCGCAUAGACGGAUUAGUAGUCGGAUAUAUUUCCUCUUACAAGAAUCUCACGCGCGCGGUCGUGUUGAAUUCUGGUCAUUUUGCACCCAAGGAUCAGCAAAUUCCUGUACUAGAAUUAGUUACCAAUUUUAUUGAGGAAUAA